GGGUGAUGAAGAGUUACCGAAGGAGAAUCAAACCAUUGUGAAAGUGUUGGAGACCAGGGGCAACAAUUUACAUGCGGUAAUAACUCCAUCUGGUGAAGAAUACUUAGCAUCCAUGCCAACAAAAUUCAGAAAAAACAUAUGGGUUAUACAUAAUUGUUGAACCCAUACCUGAAGAAGCCGUAUAAACCUGAAAUAGUGAAAGUAAAAUAAAAUCCUAGAAAAUGAGUCUCCCAAUUGAGUUGUACAACAAUCAGGAACCAAGUGAUGAUGAUCAUCUUGCUACGCACUUUAGGAAUCUUCAUUAUAAUGAUGACGUCAUAGUUGAAAACGUAGAUACAGACCCAGUGUUUGGUGAUAUUGAAUUAGAUCAGAAUGAGAAUGAGUUGGAUGAUCUUCGUUAUGAUAAUCACGACUUAUUGGAAGACGAUAAUAAUAUUGAGGAGGAAUCCGUUAGUGAUGUCGAAUUGGAUGAAAAUGCCAAUGAACCUGGCGAUCAUAAUAACGCUGAUAUUGACAUGGAGUGUGACAGUGGUAACGAGUACGACAUGAGUCUAAAUGAUGAUAACGAUGUUCCCUUACUUAUUAACAUUGCCUAUUAUAAUAGAGUAGAGAUGGGGAAUAAUAAUGAUGUACAUAACUCUAGUGACAGUGAGUCGGACGACGAUAGAAGUGAUAGUGACACAGUGAGUGAUAACAGUAAUGACAGUGAUAUAGACGAGUGGGAGAUGGACUCGGAGCGUGAUGAGGAGCCGGAAAGUGAUACGGACUCGGAGUGGGAUUCGGACUCCGAGUAUGAUACGGACUCGGAGUGGGGUACGGACACCGAUAGUGGGCGCAGCAGUGAUUCGUCAUUUUAAUUUAUUAUAAGUUAUUUUAAGUUUUUAUUAUAAGUUAUUUUAAGUUUUUAUUAUAAGUUAUUUUAAGUUUUUAUUAUAAGUUAUUUUAAGUUUUUAUUAUAAGUUAUUUUAAGUUUUUAUUAUAAGUUAUUUUAAGUUUUUAUUAUAAGUUAUUUUAAGUUUUUAUUAUAAGUUAUUUUAAGUUUUUAUUAUAAGUUUACAAAUAAGAAGCCUAGCUAUGUCGAAUUGUAAAAAGAUUUGGA